AUGCCGGAAAGACCGAAACGGCGCAGAAAUAAUAAGAAUAAACGGAAAAAUAAUAAAAAUAAUAAUAAUGACGUGAAUAAAAACAGUAUUGCAACUAACGAAGAAUGCAGCGGAUCUAGUGCUAGUGCGAAUGAAAAUUUAAAAGAAGCUACAGAAAACAUUAAUGAAACUAAGGUUGACUUUGAUGAGCCAAAUACUCUAGAUAAAUCCUUGGAUAAUCUUGAAGUUUCUAACGCGGGGCAUGAGGCUAAAAAUGAAGGCUUUGAAGAAUCUAUGAAAAGUAGUGAUAUAGAAACAGGUGUGUCUGAGAAGUACAUCGUUGAAACUCCAGAUCAAAAUUCAAAACCAACACCUAAAUUAAAUAAUGCAAAGAAAAGUAAGAGUUGCGAUGACGAUGAUUCUCCUAAGAUUAUUGAAAUCACAGAUGAUAAUUCUCAAAUAGAAGAUAAUAGCUUGUCUUUAGUUGAUUCUAAUAACGUGAUUGUUACUACUGAAGAACCUGAAGUUGAGUGGGAGAAGGCUGAACUUUUAAAAUUGCCACAAACCGAAAUGAUUAAAGGUAUACUGUCUGAAAACCAUAAUAUAAGUCUUAAUACAGCACAAUGUGAGCAAACUAAAUCUCUUAGUCCAGAAGAAGAAUUAUCUUUACGUCAUUAUCUUCAAACCCUCAAUUUAUCAACAAAUCCGAACGUGAAUAAUGCAGAAAUUAAAUCGGAAAUCGAACAUAUAAUUAACCGUGAAAUCAAAUAUCGCUUAAGAAGGAAAGGAAUGGCUGAAGAUACAUUUUUUGAGCGUUCCGGACCCUCGAGAUCUUUAGCUGUAAUUGAUGAAGAAGGGAGUGGAGAUUCGUCUAAAACAUCAAGACGUCAUUCAUAUUUGAGUGAUAAGAAGAGUGAUACUGAGGAAUUGGAGGACGAAGUUUUUGAAAGUAAAGAUUCACAGAUAAAAAGAAGAAGAGAUACAAAUUUCCCACACCAGUCAAAUUUACUUUCACGUCAUGUCAUUCCACAGCAAUGCAUAAAGGUGGAUGCCAAAAUUAUGGAACCAAAACUAUGUGAAGCUCGCGGAGACUGGAAAAUGGAAACGAUUGAAAAAAUAACAGGAGCAGAGUUGGUUUACUUAACAGAUUCAUCAAGUAGUACAAGUUCAAUAUAUGAAAUGAGCGACGAUGCGGAUAAAGGUCAUGAAACUGAUGUUUCUGUUCGUAUGAUAACUCCAACAAUUGAGGUGACUGACACAGAAUCGUUACUAAAGAACACAUUUUUAUCAAAAAGCACUGAAAAUAAACAUAAGGAUAUGAUUGACAGCGUUGACAAUAUAACUAACGCAAAAGAAAAAAAUGUUCAUCAAAAUAGUAAUUUAGUUAUGGAUAAAGAAGAUAUUAUUGACACUGAGAAGUCAAAUACAAAUAGUCAUGAAAUAAUAGUAUUGAGUACAGAUGAUAUAAAAACAGAUCUGUUUGUUAAAGAUAUUAAUGUAAACGAAAAAAGUACAGAUGCUUUAGAACUUAAAAAGAAAAACUCAAAUGAAAUUGAUAAAUAUGAUCUCGAAAUUAAAGUUUUAAAAUGUGAACUCAAUGAUGCCAUAAAUAACUUGAUUAAAGAAGUUUCUGACUCAGAAAAUGCUAGUGAUAAUAAUAUGAGUGAUCCUAAAGACUCGUUUACCCGACAAGACUCUUCAAGUAGCCUUGAUUCCUCUCAAUGUACAGCCAAAUAUAAUCCAACAACUUCAUCUCUAAAUGAUGUUUCUAGUUUUCUUUGUAAUGAAUCUCAGGAAGAGAUUAAAGAAGAGAAAAUAAUAAGAAAAACAUCAAGUCAUGUUAAGGAUGUUAUUCAGCAUGUAGAUCAAAAGCUAGUAUCAGAUGUAGAGGGGGAAUUUGUAACUGAAAAGCCAUCUACAUUGCGCGAUAUGUGUCUUAAAAGGAUAUCUUCUUUUCCUUUUGGUGACAAAGUUUUGGAAGAAUUGGCUAACGUGUCAAAACGUUUACAGGAUAUAAGUAAAUUGUCAACGAACAUGAAAAAUAUUAAUAUUCAAGAAGUGAGCUCUCAGUUAAACAUUAAGGAAGAUGUGGUGUCUGUACAAAAGCAAUUACAUAAUAAAGAAAAUAAACAUGCUCCACCCCCAGUACAACCAAGAAAGUCAUCAUUAAAAAAGGGUAAAGAGGAACAAAGCGUUUCAAUACCACCUUUACCGGAAAGGGUAUAUGAAUGUUUAUCUCCUUCACAAAAGAUGUUAAUGGAAAAGACUAACACUGUUAUAAAUAGAGAUGACAUAAUUCCUCCUCCUAAACCAAAAUUGGAACAAGUUGACAGUUCAAGAAUUGAUAGAAAAAGAGAAAGUGACCCUUGUGUGGUACCGAUGAAAUCAGAAACUGGAAGUAGAUUGCUAGCUUUACUUCGUAAUACAUCAUCUCCAAAGAAAUUAAGUUUACCGACCUUAAUUGAUGAAACUUACUUUCAAAACCCAAAGCCGUCAUCGCCUCGUACCGAUUCUUUCUCUAUGCGAAUGAUGCAAGAACUAAAUGCGUCCAACAAUUUUAAAGAAACCAUAAACAAUCAAAAGUAUAUGUCUUCUCUUCCUCCAAUAAAUUUCAAACCAAUUCCUCCACCAAAACCAAGAAAAAUAUACACAUAUGAGAGUGAUUCUGAAUUUCUAAGUGAUAGUUCAUUCAGGUCCAUGCGUAGUGACAAAAAGGUAUUCCAUUACUCAACUGGUAAUUUAAAUGAAGAAAUAGAGAAUGAUAUAUCUUCGAUACAAAAUAUGCAUAGGCAAUGUACAAACUUACGAAAUAAAAAUUCAAAUAUUGUGUAUCCCCGACGACCAUCUUUACCCAAAGAUAUAUGUGAUCAACAAAUGGAAUACAUUCGUCAAAAAGAGAAAGAAGUGGACGCAGAAAUAAAACGGCUUGAACAGGAACAACUAAAGUCUUCCCAGAGACGGGGUCCUAGAGCGCCAAUGAUAUCUGAAAAAGAUAAUAAUUACAGUGGAUUUUUUGAGACUGAAAAAUCAUUUAAAAAAGACAGAUUCUCCAAUCAUCCUAAUGCUAAAAAUGUUGAAAACAGAAAGUUACACUCAUUCUUCAGUAGUAGCGAAGAAGAAUUAUUAAGAGAGAAAAUGUACACAGAAUACAUUAAUCAAAUGGCUGAAAGAGAACAGAGAAAACAUCACCGAGUUAUAAAAGUAUCACAGACACCUUCGAGUAGCAAUUUGAUAUCAAAAAGCAUGCCAUCGUUAAAUUAUUUAGAUUCCAAAGUGAACAAUCGUAUAGAACAGGAAUUUAUAUCGAAGGCAAAGGAGAGAUGGAAUAAAUUAGGUAUAAGAGAUCCAGAAACUGAGGACGAAAGGGAAUCUAGAGACGUGUAUAGGGAGCCCAAAGUGAUAGAACAUAAAAUACGAGUGAUAGAAGACGGUGAAGAAAAAGAUGUCAGAAAAUUACCUAGUCAUAUGCAAGAAUUUGUUCGGUUUACAGUGAGAGAUAAGGAUAAGGACGAAAAUACAGGUGGCACCGAGACCGUGAUGAUCGCACCUACAUUCAAGGCGCGUUCUUCGUCGCCAGCCAUCUGGCGUCCAGGGGUGACAGUGAGUGAGGAGGCUCCGGCCAGGGUGGGGCCCCCUCCUCCCCCUCCGCCCCCUGUGUGGUCACCCAGCUCGACCCCGCAGGCUUCACGAAAAUUCAAACCAGUCCACUUCGAACAGACCCCGCCGGAGAGAAGGAAGUUCUCGAGUUCUGAUCAAAACGGCUGUACCAGUGGCUCCGAGAGUGAGGGUCGUCUUCGUACUUCCCUGAGUGCCCCAGCUUCAGGUCUCAACUCUUUAGGCUCCAACAACCGACUGCCAAGAGCUCAGAACCCUACUGUUACAUUGUUGCAGAAAGCCAGAGAAGGUCAACUCCAACGUAAUAUUCCGCAGGAAAGCGACCCUCGUCUUCCCAGGGACCGACCCUCUCCGCCUAGAGGGGACCCAGUGCAUGCAUUACGUAAGGAGUACGCCAGUGAGAGCGAGGCAGAUAGAAGUGAUCACGAGAGAGGUCAGAAAAUGGCAGACGGAAAGAAAAUAGAUGGAAUAGGACCGAUUACUAAAGACGGAAUGCCGGUAGCACUCAGAUCUGAAGUUAAAGACCCUUCGAGGUGGUACAAAAAGAUGUAUGACACGAUACAUAAAAACAAAUACGACGGUGAAACUCUCCAAAGACCGAGCAGCAACAGAUCUCAAUACGCUUACUUCGACCCUCGUUCGGGUUAUCUUAGUGAGCCCGAGGGAGGUCGCCCGACUACCGACACACGAAGAAGAACAGCCUCCGUACAAGACGACCGACAUGAACUCACUCCUCAUAAGUACAGCACACUCGCCUCUUCGAGAGUACGUCAGGAGGUGUACAAGAAUCAACCAGGGAGGAUAGAGGACUACGUGCCUGGUAAAUCAUCAGUCAUCGAUACAGAAGCCAAGCAGGUAGUUUCUAUUAUAGAAUAUUAUUUUGUGGGUUGGCAAGAACAUCAUAUUCAUCAUAGAUUUAUUUAA